AUGUUUCGUCCGGUGACUCGCGCUUCGACCGCAAAGGGCGUCGAGCGCAACUCGCCGCUGGCUGCGCAACCGCAGCCGCAGCGAAUUCCGGUUGGAAUAAACAUGGUCAGCGCUGGAAGUGAUGCAAGCACAUCAGUUCUUAUGCCAUCUAACUGCGUCAAAGGAGACAGUGAUAUAUGUGAUAUACCAGUGUCCUCACGCAGUCAGAUUGAAGGAGUCGAAGGAACGCUACUAGCAGACGUCACUUCACCUCACGGAAAGAAUCACCGAAUUGUCUUUUACCGUGAUAUCAACGUAUUUGCAUUUGAACUAUUAGAUACAUCUGGAAGGCAUGCGGUAACUUAUCGACUGGACGAGUUACUCUGUGUGCGGACCAAACCUGUUAGGAUCAAACGGGGCGUUCCUGUUGCAGUUGCAGAGGAAGACGAGACUUCAUCAACGGAUUCGACCUUGUAUUUCAACUUCGUCUAUAAAAAAGACAAAUAUAGAUGGCGCCUAAAGCAGCUUCCGGUCACGUUCAAAACAAGAUCGGAGCGAGACUACUGGAUGAGUAUUAUCACUGCAACUCUUAGCGGUGUACGCAAUCGUCCGAAGAACAUCAUAGUCUUUAUCAAUCCUUUCGGCGGCAAAGGAAAAGCUCAGUCAAUCUUCCAGAAGAAUGUGGAAACCUUUUUCAAGUUGACACCAGGACUUAAGUAUGAGGUGUUUAUGACACAAAGAGCAAACCAUGCUCGUGACCACAUUAUGGAGAUGCCGGCAGAUCGGUGGCAAUCCAUUGAUGGCCUGGUCUCGGUGGGCGGUGACGGCCUUUUCAAUGAGCUUUUAUCCGGGGCCCUUCUACGUACACAACUAGAAGCUGGUAUGGAUAUCGACGACCCGGCCACAGAACAAUUGCAAACACCUCAUAUUCGCUUCGGAAUUAUUGGCGCGGGCUCAGCCAAUUCAAUAGUGAGCACCGUUCAUGAAACGUCUGAUUUUGCCACGGCUGCAGUCCACAUUGCCAUUGGUUCCGAAUGCAACGUGGACGUAUGCACAGUACACAAACAAAAUCAUCUGAUACGAAUCUCGGCGAAUGCGAUCUCGUAUGGUUGGCUGGGAGAUGUGCUCCGAGACUCGGAACGCUUCCGAUGGCUUGGUCCCAUCAGAUAUCAAUGGAGCGCACUGCGAACUACCAUACGUCAUCCAAUCUACAAAGGAAAAGUUCAGUUCACGUUGUCGCGAAAGGAGACAGAAGAUCCAAAUAAAAUGCUUCCUGCUUGCGUUAAACCGUGCGAGACGUGCGAUCAGUCAAAAAGUGAUCAAAUUUGUUUGGCCUAUCCACGGUACGAUUACCAUUGGCAUGCCGAAUUCACGCAUGUGAUCUGCUGUGUGAUUCCAACUGUCACACCUUUCACACCUUACGGUUUAGCACCGUUCACUGGCAUCGGUGACGGGACCCUAGACUUAGCUUUAGUUCCAAGAAUCUCAAGAUGGCAUAACAUACAGUUUAUGCGAAAAGUGGCCAUGUACGGUGGAAAGGGGCUAUACCAACUAGACCGUACACUUUGUUGCUUCCGUGUGUUGCGAUGGUCGUUCGAACCAGAUGCUGAUCAAGUAGAUCCAGGUGUUUGGAAUUUGGACGGAGAAAUUCUUGAGCAGCCUAAAAACACGGCACUGCAUUUUAGAUUACAUCCUCGAUUAAUCAGUUUCUUUGGCCGUGACGCUGCUAUGAUUGAGCCAUCAAAAAGAAAAAGCUUUGUGAAGAAGAGAAAGUCGAGUAUCGUGUAUAGUUAAGCAAAGCUAAUCAGAGCUUUAUCACUGUUGUAUAUAGAUCGGAACUUUGCUCUCCUAUUUGAGCCCUCGAUUUGCUGCCUUUGCUUUCGACAGUCCUUACAUUGAAAUCCAUACCAUCACAUUCUUCUUCAUACACCUUCAAGUCAUUGUGAUUCGCAUAUCAAUGUUUCAUAAUUUGCGGUACAGUCUUACCUGAAAUACACUGGAAAUGUCGAAGAGUAAAUAUAUGUCUUGUC